GCCGAGAAAACAGUAGCGAGAGACGGAGUUUUGCUGCCUGACAGAGUGUUGUUGCCCCGUUUCCAUGGCAACUCCCGCAUUUGAAUGAGACUCAGCGCGCGCAUCAAAAUCACGCAGCAUUUACACAAAUAAACAUCAGAACAGCAUUACAUAAACAAUACAUCAGCUGUUAGAGGUAAAUCUUGAUUUCGCUUGUUUGUUCCGUCACCGUUUGGUGGCACAAAUUUACCUACUUUCAUAAACGUCUGAAAAGUACUGAUCAGUGCAUGAAGCAGCAGGAAAAAUAUAGAGUAGAUUUGUAAAUAUAUUGUAAACAGCAUUAAUAUUUUGAGAACGAGAAAUAUCAAACUCCUGAAAGAAAACUGUAACUGAAACGGGCGAUCUAAAGCUCACAAAAAUCAUUAAAACAUUAUAAACUAUUUGCUUUUAAAACUUAAAAGAUAAAAUACAGACUUGUGUGUUGGAGACAUUUCAUCAAAGUUUAUGUAAAACCAGUGCAGUUUCCCACUAUAAACACUGAAACCAUGACAAAGUUAAUUUUAUACUGAAGUAGGCUGAGAUUAUCUUUGAAAACCUAAACACAAAAAACAACAUUUUUUCUUCACAAAUACUCAAUUUUUAUCUUUGUGUAAAAGAAGUAAUGCACUCUGUUAAAUAGCUAAUAUUUUUAGAAUUUGCAACUUUUAUUUAAUUAUUUUGUUCAUUAUUUGUGAAUUUUAUUUAGCGGUUAUUUUUAUUUGUGUCCUGUGAUAAUAUAAUACACAUCGUCGUUUUUGUACCUCCCGGGUUUCCGUACCUCUUCGCUUCCUCUCCUCGCUCCGUCUCAUUGCUGCUGUGCAUCGCUGAGGGUAAGUUGUGUGGAGAAAUGCUGCUGAAAACAUUUCUUUUUCUUCUGGAAAAGCUAAUUGUUUAUGUUGUAAGUUUUAAUGUUUGUGAUGUUUAUGAAAGCUUUGUUGCGUGAUUUUGUUUUGUUUCGCCGCUAAUGUAAUUUUUGUAGGAAUUUUCAGGUCUCAGAGUUUAGUAUUGGUGCUAAAAGCAGGUUAGCAAAUCGCCAUUUUAUACUAAUGUAACUUGUAUUUUGCAGUACUUGUACUUGGUGUCUUCUUUGCUUAAGUAAAAGUUGACUGGUUACACUUGCAUUGAUUAAAUUUAUAUUACAUAAGAAUUAUGUGCAUGGAUAUCUGUAGGGUGUAGAUUAGGGUCUGAAUCUCAGUUGUCUUUGAUUUUCAUUUUAUAAAGUUGAGCUGAUCUGCUGUUGAUCCUGAAUGGCUUGUUUAAUGAGUCUUUAUAAUCUGAAGCUCAUCAAUAUAAUCGGAGCUGCUGAAAUCCUCUUUAGCUCAUAUCAGUAGUUUCUGUUUUCACCUCAUUCAUUAUGCUGAGGUGUAAAUUCCCUCAUUGAGCUCAUUUUAUUGGUGUCAACCGAGAGUGUAGAUUUGCUUUUGAUAUUGGUAGGAAACUAAUUUGAUUAUAUGACAUAUUUCUUCAGCUAUUUUACAUGUAAAUUUGAUCUGUCAUAUUUUCCCACAAUGACAUGUUUUACUGGCUGGGUGUGAUUUUGAGUUUGUCAAAUAUGAUGUGAUCCUGGAUUAAAAUCGAUGUUGAAACUUGAACAUUAUUUUUGUAAAAAAAAAAUAAAAUGUCAUUUAUACCUAAUCCCUACCCAUAAACCAAACCCUAACUGUAGUGUUUCCCUUAAGUUUACAGUUUAGGGGUCUGUCGCAGCUGUUCAGACUGACACAAACACAGAGGGUCAUGGUGUUAAUUUGUUUUUGUUUUUUUAAUGACGGCAGUAAGUAACUAAACAAUUAUAUGAACUGUAAGAUAAAAAAUUGCAUUUAUUUUAUAUCUAUAGUGUGCAGCUUUUGUCACUGCAGUGUAUCUUUCUGGUCCACUGGAAGAACAUUUCAAGUACACUACUAGUACAUUGAUAUUAGUAUACUUAAUAAAUAUACUUUGAUACUUGACCUUUAAUUAAGUAUACUUUUUUCCUAAGGGUGUAUUUACUGACUUACCAAGAACAGUCACAGCAGCUCAAAACACUGGAAAUAUAAUGGCUGUAAUUGCAACAAAGACAGCAUCACUCGCGCGAUUUGUGCCAAUAACAUAUUUGACUGACAAUUUUUUUUUGUCUCUUUCUCUUCUGUUUUGAUUUGCUUUUAGAUUUACCAUAAUCAUUGAUUAAACAUUUCUUUGCGUUAUAUAUCUAUAUUUUGAUUACCAUUUUGCAAAUGUUAUCUGUCAAUAUUUUAGGUUUAAUAUUUUUUAUAACGAGAUGAUCCUUGAACUCUACCUUGAAAAGGCUUACAUUACAUUUUGAUUAUUUUUAAUUUUGGCAGAUCUGUUCUUCCUACAUUUCGAAGCUCUUCCUCCUUUGGGUGUAAAUACUGUAAUUUUCCAAUCAGCCCACAAGUGAAGAUGAUCACCAGAACAUCAUCAAGAAGAGAAAUCUGCAAAGAGAAGAGUUUAUUGAAGGACCGUGAGAACAUGAGUAAUCCAGACCCCUGCAAAACUACACAUGAAGAUACUGAACAACAAACAGACCCAUUUGGAGAGAAUAAGGAGAGUGAAGAGGAGGAACGUCAUGUUGAAGCUGAGAAAAACCCUAAUUUACAGACUUCUGGUGUUUUAAAAAGGAGAGACAAGAAUCGUUUGACCUGCACUCAGUGUGGAAAGAGCUUUAGAACCAAAAAGAGUCUUAAGCUUCACAUGAGGAUCCACACCAGAAAGAAACCAUUCAAGUGUACUCAGUGUGGAAAGAGUUUCCAAUACUCAUCAAGCCUUAAUUUACACAUGAGGAUCCACACCGGAGAGAGACCAUUCACAUGCACUCAGUGUGGAAAGAGUUUCAAACACUCAUCACACCUUAAUCAACACAUGAGGAUCCACACUGGAGAGAGACCAUUCACAUGUACUCAGUGUGAGAAGAGUUUCCAAUACACAUCAAACUUGAAUAAACACAUGAUGAUCCACACUGGAGAGAGACCAUUCACCUGUACUCAGUGUGGUAAGAGUUUCAGAGAGACUUCACAACUUAAUAAACACAUGAUGAUCCACACUGACGAGAAACCAUUCACCUGUACUAAGUGUGGGAAAAGUUUCAAACACGAAUUGAGCGUUAUUAAACACAUGAUGAUUCACACUGGAGCGAAACCUUUCAUAUGUUCUCAGUGUGGGAAGAGUUUCAGGCUAUCAUCAUCCCUUAAUCAGCACAUGAGGGUCCACACCGGAGAGAAACCAUUCACAUGUCCUCAGUGUGGGAAGAGUUUCAGAUACGUAUCAAACUUUACUAAACACAAGAUGAUCCACACUGGAGAGAAACCAUACGCAUGUUCUCAGUGUGGGAAGAGUUUUAGCCACUCAUCACACCGCAAUAGACACAUGAGGACCCACACUGGAGAGAAACCACACACAUGUACUCAGUGUGGGACGAGUUUCUCUGAACCAUCAUCCCUUAAUCAACACAUGAGGAUCCACACCGGAGAGAAACCGUUCACAUGUUCUCAGUGUGGGAAGAGUUUCAGCCUAUCAUCACGCCUUACUCAGCACAUGAAGAUCCACACCGGAGAGAAACCACACAAAUGUGAACACUGCAGCAAAACAUUUUUAAGUGCUUCACAGCUGAAGAUGCAUCUUUCAGUUCAUAGAAGCGAGAAGCCUUAUUCAUGUCCUGUGUGUGAAAAGAGUUAUACAGUGGAGUCCAAAUUAAAAAGGCAUCAGAAGUCCCACACUGCUGUUAGACAGUAUAUGUGCUUUAAGUGUAAGAAGACUUAUAUUACAGCUACACAACUGAAACUGCAUGAGAGGAAUCACACUGGAGAGAAACCUUUCAAGUGUUCACACUGUGACAAGAGAUUUAGUCUGUUAGGUUCUCUAAAAUCGCAUGAGAAGGUUCACACUGGAGAGAAACUGUACAAGUGUUCACAGUGUAGCAAGAGGUUUAGUCAUUUAGGAACCCUGAAAAGACAUGAGAGGAUUCACACUGGAGAGAAGCCGUACACAUGUGAUCAGUGUUCUCAGAGUUUCACAUACUUAGAGAGGCUUAAGAAACACAUGAACAUCCACACUGGAGAAAAGCUGCACAAAUGACGCCAAUGCAGCAAAACAUUCUCUCCAGUGAAAAGGUGUUUCAUGUCUGAACAUCAGAUAAUUCUGGUGUGAGAGAUUGAGUGUGAAAAGUAGAGAAAUUAACAUGGGAAUUAUCAGUGAACAGAGUAAAAGACUGAGCUUUAGACAAAACACACCCAGUGGUGGGCUUCUGUUCAUUUAACUUGAACAAAGUUAUGAAUGACCAAUAUGAUAAAAAAAUUUAAUUCUAGGUCUUAUGGAAAUAUAAAAUUGUGUAUCAUCAGCACAAAAUGUAAAUGAAGACUAUAAUAAUGAAAUGUAUGACCUAAAGGUAAAAUAUAAAUGAUGGCACUGACCCCUGAGGCACACAAUUAAUAGCUGACAUUAUCUGAGUAUUUAUUCUUAAUCUCCACUGACUGUUUUCUGCCCCUUCAUAUAGGGAUGCACUGAUCAAAAUAUUUUAAUCAGAUAUCUGUUCGUUAACACACAUUUUUGCUGGAUUGGGUAUCGAUAUUCUGUGUUUAUAAGCCAUGAAGGCAGCCUAUUAUAAGGCAACAGAAAGUUUUUUCAUGUAGACCUACUAUAUCUCAAAUGUUCUGAAGUCGUUCAAUGUAAAGAACAGAUGAAUAUUCACAUGGUUAAAUUCAUGUUCACCUCAGCACUUCCCUUUACUCUGCCUGUCAAUUAUUCUUCAUUUAUUCACAAUUCAAACUGUGUCGUGUUCAUUAAAACACAAGAAACUAUUUGUUCCUGCUGGUUUAAAUAAUCAGUGGAGAAAUGGAUUUAGUUUUGCAUUAAAUGUGUUCAUUUUGAUCAGCAAUAAGGAGUCGAUUGCAGUUUCUAAAUCAUAUUACGCUGUGUCUGUAAGUAAAUUGCAUUUGCUACACUG